UAACUGAGCUCGGCUCGAUCCAAUGCGCCGACUCACUACUCCAGCCGAAUCAUCCGUCCACCCGACCUCGUAAAUGCCUUCUCUCAUCGACGACCCAGGCUCGCUGCGGUCGCUGCUCCGGCCGGUCACCGACGAGCGCCGGACCAACAAGCACGGCGGCAGCACCGGCGGCGCCGUCGUGGGGCUCUUCAGGAUGUUCAGGCUGGUGCCGAUGCUCACCACCAGCACCGGCUGCAAGAUGGCCGCGCUGCUCGGGCGGCACAGCGGCAGGGCCCUCCUCGCGGACCACGCGCCGGCGGUGACGCUCUUCGGGCACCGCCGCGGCCGGCUGAGCCUGGCCAUCCACGAGGACACGCGGGCGCCGCCGGCGUUCCUCAUCGAGCUGCCCAUGCUGGCGGCCGCGCUGCACCGGGAGAUGGCCACGGGCACCGUGAGGCUGGCGCUGGAGAGCGACACCCGCAGCGCGCGCCGGCGGCUCCUGGAGGAGUACGUGUGGGCCGUCUACUGCAACGGGCGCAAGGCCGGGUACGCCAUCCGCCGCAAGGACCCGUCCGACGACGAGCGGCACGUGCUGCGCCUGCUGCGCGGCGUCUCCAUGGGCGCCGGGGUGCUGCCGCCGCCGCCCGCCGACGGCUCCCACGGCCCCGACGGCGAGCUCACCUACAUGCGCGCCCGCGUCGACCGCGUCGUCGGGUCCAAGGACUCCGAGGCCUUCUACAUGAUCAACCCGGACGACGACGGCCGGGGUGGCGAUGGCGCCGCGGAGCUCAGCAUUUUCCUAGUCAGGAAGAAGUAAAGAAAACAACUACUACGAAUACCUAUAGAUAUGAUACGAGCGUAAGCAUAUAGUACUAAUAUUUUUGUGUGAAGAGAAUCAAGAGAUAGAUGAAUAUAUUAUGGGCUACGAUUCAAUUCAAAUUGUGUCACCUUUGCCAUAGUAAAAAAAAAGUGAAGUGAAAUGAAAACCAGUUGUGUCAUCCAAGUAAAUACAAAUACAAAUAUGCGUGGAGGGGUGUGAUACACAAAGUUUACAACA